UUUCCCCUUUGGUUUCUAGGUUGUUUUCGUCAACUUCCCUGAGACCCCUCUUUCUCCUCAGCAUGUCCCUUCUUGGCAUUCUCUUGCUGGAGAGAUGGAAGCCCAGAUUCCUAUUUGACUUCUCAGCACAGCCAUCGGAGGAGCCCGGAGGGGACAGUGAGGGGGUGACUUCAGGGGCACAGCCUCACCUGCUCAGUGUCCCUGAGCUGUGCCACUGUCUGGCAGAGAGCUGGGUCACCUUCAGGCUGUACCUGCAGGAACUGCUACAGUACAAGAGGCAAAAUCCUGCUAAGUUCUGCAUGAGUGUCUGUUCAGGCUGCCUGAUUUUGGCUAUAGUUGGACACUAUGUUCCAGGGAUAAUGAUCUCCUACAUCAUCUUGCUCAGCAUCCUGCUCUGGCCGCUCGUGGUUUACCACGAACUCAUCCAGAGGAUGUACACGCGACUGGAGCCCGUCCUGAUGAAACUGGACUACAGCAUGAAGGCAGAGACGCUCCACCACAAGCAUGAGAAGAAGAAGCGGCAAGGGAAGAGCGAGCCUGCGGUGGGCGACGAGCCAACAGCGGAGACGGAGAGCGAGAGCGAGGCAGAGCUGUCCGGCUUCUCCCCGGUGGUGGAUGUGAAGAAGACGGCGCUGGCCCUGUCCAUCACGGAUUCUGAGCUCUCUGACGAGGAGGCAUCCAUCCUGGAGAGCGGGGGCUUUUCUGUCUCAAGGGCUACCACCCCUCAGCUGACGGACGUUUCGGAAGACCUGGAUCAGCAGAGCCUGCACAGUGAGCCAGAGGAGGCAUUUUCCAAGGACCUGGCAGAGUUCCCCUCCGUGGAAGAGUAUCAUUCCAGAGACCUGGGACCACAGAGCGAUGAAGAUGCAUUCGGUGUGCCUCUGGGUCCUGAGCUUGCCCAUGUUGCCCAUGAGCUGGACUCAGCAGAGAAGGAGGCUGCAGACUCUGACCUCUCCAUCCUUCGCCUGGCGUCUCCUCUCCAUUUUGUAAAUACGCACUUCAAUGGGAGCGGGCAAGCGGCAGGAGGCGACGCGGAGCCAAAGCCUGGCCCUGCUGCAGGCCUGGGCAUCUGCAUUGACACGCUGAGCGAGGAGAUUGUCACCACUGCCAUUACCACCGCGGUGCAGAACACCCUCUCCGCGCUGCUGCGGUCCUCGGAGGCCAGCGAGGGGCCCUCCCUCUCCGAAUUCCUCCCCACGGAGCCUGAAGAGAAACUGAGCUUUCAAGCACAACUGUCAGAGACCGAAGCGGUGGAGACAGAGACAGCAGCUUCACCCGAGGACGAGGAGGAAGGAGAUGACUUUGAGCUACUGGAUCAAAGGGAGCUGGAGCAAAUGGAUGUAGAGCUAGGGCUUGGAGAGGAGCAAGAAGCAAAGGAGUCUCCUGCUGCUCUGGCUUCGGUUUCUCCCUCAUCCGCACCAGCUGAGCAGCUGAAGCAGGGAGAUGAGGAGGAGGAGGAGGAGGAGGAGGCAGCGAUGGCAGCAGCAUCUGUGUCUUAGGUCUUCUUUGUGCGUCCCUGUUUUCUCCAUCACUGUAAAGAAGGAAGAACUCGCAUGGCCAACGUGCAGUGGGUUUUAGAUAUUUGUGUUGACUGGGAUGGAAAAGUGUCAGUGUUAAUGUGCUGUGUCAGGAAUAACCAGUCCUUUCCAUCCUUCUAGAGCCCAGCCUUCACUGGCUGGGGGGAGCCCUUGCCCCGCAAGUGGGCAGGAGC